AUGAAAGCCAUCCUCGCCAUCCUGCUCCUCACCCUCACCAGCGUCCUCGCUGUCACCCCUUCGCACUCCAACGACACGCCCCCUCCCGCGCCCGGUACUCAGCCCGGCUGCGGACCCGCUGGGUGCCACAACCCCACCGGUCUCUUCGGUCUCAUCCGCAACCCUCGCAAGUACGACCACCUCUGCGACUUCCAUCACAUCAUGUUCAGCCACGACCACCGUCCGCGUGCGUGCUUCGAUACGCAGCUGCCCCUCGAGAAGUAUCUCUCGGCACCCAACCCUCAAACGUUGCACGGCUUCGUUGAUAAGACGGACACCAAGUUCGUUCUGUUCGCUGGGCAGAUCGUUACGCUGGACGAAAGGUACGAGAUGCACGUGGAUGAGGUCAAGGAUACCAAAUGGAAGUGGGGCGGCUGUUCGAGGGUCAGGAUCUACCUGCAGCCGCGCUGGGUGCUGGAGAGGGACGAGAUCUGGUGCCCUGGUCACGACGAGCCCAUUGAGCUGUAG